AUGGCCGUGGUCAGGGUCUCCGCCGUCCUCAGCCUCGUGGUGCUGCUGCCCGCGGCCGCCUUCCCCUGCGGAGCCCCGCGCCCACAGCGCCCGGACAACACCACGGCGUUGAAGCUACUGGGGACAUGGCUGUACGUGGCCGGGGCCGCCCAGUUCCCCCAACACCUCCUGGAGAUGCUGCUCAUCGACCACGGCCACCUCCACGUGGAGCCCCACGCCGGCGAGCAGGAGCUGCUCAUCACCCAGCGCGUGGCCGUGGGGGACCAGUGUCUCGCCAACAACUCCACCUACUUCGAAAUCGCUGUCGGUAACAGCACGCUGGUGAAGCACGCCAAGACCCAUCAAACCGUGGGGAUGCUGAUGAACCUCAGCUCUGAAGAUGUUUUACUCAUCCAGUACCAACUGCAGCGGGAAAGGACGUAUUUGGGACUGUAUCUUUACGCCCGAAACCUGAGUGUGAGCACAGCCCACUGGGAAGAGUUCGAGCACCACGCCACGUGCCUGGGGCUGAGCGAAGAGGAGAUUGUAUAUGCACCAUGGAAAACAGAGCUGUGUCAAACAAAAGAAACUGAAAAAGGAAACAGCCCACGCAUGGAGCCUGCGGCUGCGGUCACAGCAUCACCUCCUCUGGGCACCCACCAGCCUGGGAGCGCGGGUAACUGA